CUCGCUCUCUGCGUCUGUUGUUGUUCAGCCCGACUGGAAGCUAACAUCCAGCGGGAGCCGAGAAGAUGCGGCGGAGGGACUGAUCCGCAGAGCUCGGCUCGCUCUGUCAAAUUUGUUCUCAGCUCUGUUGUUUACUUGUGUUUAAACCCGAAUCAGUCAUUUCAGGUUAUGCUUUUACGUUCUGGCGGAGGACGGGCUGGACGGCCAUGUAGCUCCGUUAGCAUGUUUCGGCUAAUCUCCCAGUUUCUUUAACGUCAGACUCGUUAGCCGGAGUCUCCGACUGUUUUGUUAGCCUUUGGUAGUUUUUAUUUUUUUCUCUGUCCAAGUAUUUUGGGGUGUUGUAAUAUAUUAUCUUUGCGUAACUAGAUGACAACAUUUCAUCGCAAUAUGUACCGCCGUGUUGUAACAGCGGCGCUUGUUCCUGGGGCGAAACCUUGGAUGACGUUGUUUUUUUUUUUUUGCUAACAGCUAAUAAGAUAACGCUAGCUGUUAGCUGCAGCUAACCGGGCUCUAGAUGCCUUUGUUUCCAGCAGCAAUCAGUUUAUGAUGUGAGCGCAGAUUAGCUCCGCCCGUUAGCACAGUUAGCUGGUUUUAGAGUAAAGUAGCAGAUGCUAAGUUGACAGAUAAACCAGAAUCUCGGAUCAGUUUUUGUUGUGGUCAGCUGGCAUGGAGCGCUCGGUUCAGUGACCUUGGACUCAUCUUCUACAUCAUAUUCAUUAGAAUAAGCCCCGCAGCUGGUGAAGACAUCAGGGUUAUUAUGGACCUCAGAUCAGACUGCAGGCAGAGUGUCGUUUACCUUCUCAUCCUGACAGGAUGCAUAGCUGCCUCUCAAAGGAACGACAACGUCUAUGUGUCUGGAUUUUCCAAUGCCUGCGGUGAUGUGGCGGAGCUCCUGCGAGCAUCUAGUGGAGUCAUCACCAGUCCCGGUUGGCCCUUUCAGUAUCCAGCUAGGCUUAACUGCAGCUGGAAUAUCAGAGCAAGACCUGGAGACUCCGUCACUAUCAGUUUCCAAGACUUUGACCUUCAGGCAUCCCAUCACUGCACUUCAGACUGGAUGUCUAUCAGCAGCUACAGAGGUCUGGACGGUUUGCGGGUUUGUGGUUCCUCCCUUCCAUCUCCUUACAUCUCCUCCCAGGACCACGUCUGGAUCCACUUCCACUCUGAUGACGAUCUGACGGGGAAAGGUUUCAGGCUGUCCUACAUCACCGGUAAACCAGAAGCAUCCAGCUGUGAUGUGGACCAGUCCACGGACCAGUUCCACUGCUCUAACGGGAAGUGCAUCCCAGACUGGUGGCGCUGUAACUCCAUGGAUGAGUGUGGUGACAACUCGGAUGAGGAGCUUUGUGUGGAUUCUCCGUUUUCCUUCCAGCCCUGUAAUCUAAACCAGUUCCCCUGCUUGUCCCGCUACACCCGGAUCUACACCUGCCUGCCACACAGCCUGCGCUGCGAUGGGAGCAUCGACUGCCAGGAUCUUGGAGAUGAGAUCGACUGUGACGUUCCAACUUGUGGAGAGUGGUUGAGGAACUUCUACGGUUCUUUCAGCUCUCCCAACUACCCUGAUUUUUACCCUCCAGGAAGCAACUGCACCUGGCUGAUUGACACUGGAGACCACAGAAAGGUUAUCUUGAGGUUUACAGACUUCAAACUGGACGGGACUGGUUACGGUGACUAUGUUAAAGUUUACGACGGUCUGGAAGAGAACCCUCGCCACCUCCUCAGAGUGCUCACGGCGUUUGACUCCAGAGCGCCGGUCGCCGUGGUUUCAUCAUCUGGUCAGCUUAGAAUUCACUUCUAUGCUGACAAGAUUAAUGCUGCCAGAGGCUUCAACGUCACCUAUCAGGUGGACGGGUUCUGCCUGCCCUGGGAGGUUCCCUGUGGAGGGAACUGGGGCUGUUACACGGAGCAGCAGCGGUGCGACGGGUACUGGCACUGUCCCAACGGUCGGGACGAGCUGAACUGUUCCUCCUGUCAGGAGGACGAGUUCCCUUGUUCCAGAAACGGAGCCUGCUACCCUCGAUCAGACCGCUGCAACUACCAGAACCGCUGCCCCAAUGGUUCUGAUGAGAAGAACUGCUUCUUUUGCCAGCCUGGAAACUUCCACUGCAAGAAUAACCGCUGCGUGUUUGAGUCGUGGGUUUGCGACGCUCAGGAUGACUGCGGCGACGGCAGCGAUGAGGAGAGUUGUCCCAUCAUCGUUCCCACCAGAGUAAUAACAGCCGCCGUCAUCGGCAGCCUCAUCUGUGGCCUCCUAUUGGUCAUCGCCCUUGGCUGCACCUGCAAGCUCUACUCACUGCGCAUGUUUGAACGGCGCUCGUUUGAGACUCAGCUUUCCAGAGUGGAGGCGGAGCUGCUUAGGAGGGAGGCCCCGCCUUCUUAUGGUCAGCUAAUUGCACAAGGACUGAUCCCACCGGUUGAGGAUUUUCCGGUGUGUUCUGGGAGCCAGGCAUCAGUUCUGGAGAACCUUCGCCUGGCAGUUCGGUCACAACUUGGCUUCACCUCCCUCCGACUCCCCUCCUCUGGUCAUCAUAGCAACCUGUGGCGCAGACUCUUCACCUUUUCACGAUCUCGCCGCUCGGGCUCUUUGGCCCUUGUUUCUGCUGACUUGGAGGACAGCUCUGGUACCGGGAGCACUGGGAGUUCUGGCUCAGAUCUAUUGUCUCCAGACUCUGAUGACACGGACACAGAAGGUGAGCGAGGGAGGGAGCGAGGUGUGGGUGCAGUGGGUGGGCCUGUUGCCCCCCUCCCUCAGAAAACACCGCCCUCCUCUGCCGUAGAAGCUGUUGUAUCAGUGGCAGCAUCAGCCAACCCCACGCCAAGCCGAGAGCGAGGCCGAGACCGGCCCAGAGAGGUUCCACCCCCCUCCAGCCCUGUCGCCGUGGUGACUUCCAGUGCAGUUCCUGUAUGUAACAGUGAUGCUUCAGAACUCCUGGCUCCUCCUCCUUCUGUGUUGCAGCGUCUGGCCAAAAACCUUCACCGCUUUGCUAGAAACCUGACCCGAACUAACCAGAACCAGCAGAACCAAACCUGGACCAAUCACAGCCCACUUCGCCAGCUGGAGACAGGAAGAAGUGGUGCUGAUGCUGUUGAGCGAAGAGUGAGCAGAGAAGAAGAGGAAGAUGUAGAGCUUCUCAUCCCUGCCUCCGACUCUGAUUCGUCCUCCUCUUCAUCGCUGAUGAGUGACACACAACAGCCUCUACUGGAGCCACACCCCUCCUCCACCACGGGCCUCGCCCCCCAUCAUCACCGUGGGAGCAGUGGUCGAGGAGGGCGCGAUGGUACUUGUGAACACUGUGGGAUGGUCCACACCGCUCAGAUCCCUGACGCCUGCCUCGAGGCCAUCGGCAAGACGGAGAGCAGCGAUGAUGAGCUGCUACUGCUCUGCUAACAGGCUAGCCCGCCAGCUAACAUGCUGCCACAUGCGUCACUUUUCUCAUUUAGCUGAUCACCAUCAUAACUGAUCCACUAACAACUCUACCAAACAGGUUAACAAACACACCUACUGUUGGCUUACCCACUCAUUUACUUCUUUAGUCUGGAUUUAAAUUUUCCUCACUGGCUAAACCUUAAGCCAACAUGCUAACUGACAUUAUUUAUAACAAACUAGUUAAUGCUACAAAUACUAGCUUGACCUAGCAUCUCACAUAGCUAUGGACUUUCCUAACACCCCCACAUUGGCCUAGCUAACUUACGUCAGGCUUGUGUUAGCAUGCUAGCUGGAUUAAAGGUUAGUUCUCAGUGAUGUUGAGGACAGAAGAACCAGAGACUGGGGUGUGACGUCACCGAUUUCUGUUGGUACGACCACGAUAACCUUUUCUUGUUUACCUGGUCCGUCUGUUUACCCUCCUCCGCCGUGCGGGUUGGCGUUCUGAUCAUCGGUACGACUUUAGACAGAUUCCUGACAGAACAGACUGGUGUUUCCAUCGUGGAUGAGAACAUGACAUUUUUAUUAGGAGCCGUCUGACCCGUGGAUGUGUCGGAAGGAGCUCCUGGUCAGGUGGAAAAUUCUUAAAAGAGCCCUCCAUUUUUAAGGCUGCUGGUUGAGUGUUGAUUGGAAAAAGAGAGAAUGACGAGGAUCAUGUGACCUGUUUUUAAUGUUGUUAUUAUUAUUAUUAUUAGGUUGCCAGCAAGGCUUUUUGAAGUCGAAACAUCCGUGUCUGAAAAUUUUAUGGUCUCUAUAUUCAGCUGUUGCAGAAUUUCGUGUAACUUCUUCCUUCCUCAGAUCAUUUUAACCAUCCAGUGUUUCAAAUAUUUUAUUUAUCUUUAAGAUAAAAGUCACCAAAUUUAUCACCUUUCCCAAGUUAACGCGCAGCGUUACACCUUUUAUCAGUGACAAAUGCAAAGCACAACAAAAACGUUUAUUUAGAACAAAAUUGUCGGUACUUUGAAUUGAUCCUACACUGAACCAUGUUUUUAUGGCUGGUACUGGCAACAUCCCCAGGUCACAUGACCUUUGUCAUGCUGUUGGAGCAGUUUCCGUUUUUCUAAGUAAUUGAGAAAUUUUUUUUUUUUUUUUUACUGUUGAGUGGCCUGCAUUACCAUUUCUACUUGUUGAUGUAAGAUGAGAUUCCAGAUGAUGAAAGGUGUCAUGAUUGAAGUCUGUGAAAGGUCGUGUACGUAUUAUAAUCAGGACCAAAAGUCGAUGGGCAGUAUUAGAUACAGUUGGAAUAUAAACACCUUAUUCUUAUUUUGUUGGUCCUUCUUUUCCUUCCCAGACUGAAGCCAUUCAGAUUUCUGUGUUUCUGAUCUUUGUUACUGUUUUCGGUACUCCGAUGACCUUGUGUGAGUGUGUAUAUUUAUUAUUAUUAUUAUUAAUAUUACUAUGGUUAUUGUUAAUUUGCUGUUGUGUAGUUGUUUUUCUGACCUGCAUGAUUCGAUUUGUUUGGUGUUUUUCUUUGAGUCUGUAAAGCUAAAACCUGAUAAACUGCACUAAAGAUUAAAGGUUCACAUUAAGUGAGUUGACAUGA